GCUGCUGCCCCACAGUGUUAGUGUAGCUGAGUUCAUCUCCCACUCGGUCUCCACGGACAGACCUGGAGGACAGAGGACGCACGGAGUGGAAACUGGAAACUCUGUCUGCGUCUUUUCUCUGACCUGCGGUGACACAAGCCUCUGCGGGAGUGCAUCCAAACCGGUGAGCACAUCUCCUCCUGUCCGUCCAGAUCCAGGUCAUGACUCACCUCUGGACUCUCCUGUCAGCCCUGUUACUGCCUCUGUCAGCCCCCGAACCUCUGAACAGCCCCGAGGAAAAUGAAGUCCUCAAACACCCCCAGUCAGAGUUCACCCAGAGCCAGGUGGUGGAGAAUGUCAUUGGAAGUCUCAGUGAUGUUACGAACCCUCCAACCUCCACAUCUCCCCACUCGACAUCCAUGGUUACCAUGGUGCCCAGUCUCCAUCCUCAAUGUCCUGGAAACCAGAUGUGGUUGGAGAACAGUUCUGCCUGUGGUUGUCUGUCCCACAUGUUGAGAGAUGGAGACAUGUGUGUCUGUGCUGUGGGCUUCACUGUGGAGGGAGACAACGAAUGUAAAGAUGUUGACGAGUGUGGAGGAGAUUGGUCUGGACCAUGUGGUCUCCACGCCAGCUGCACUAAUACCCCCGGCUCUUACUCAUGUAGCUGUCUCCGUGGUUACCUGAUGGGGGCUGGAGGGUGCCAGGAUGUAGACGAGUGCGCUCUGGCUGCAGCGACAGGCCUGCAGGCGUGUCACAGCAACGCUGAGUGCAGAAACACCCCAGGCUCCUUCACCUGCUCGUGCCCUUCAGGAUAUGUAAUGGCCCUAAAUGGGAAAGGCUGUGUAGAUGUGGAUGAGUGCAGCUUUGAGGAGCAAUGUCGCCGCGAAUUGGGAAAUGUGUGCGUGAACACUCCAGGAAGCUUUAUAUGCCAAUGUCAGCCCGGUUUCAGAGCAGAGGCCCCGGCUUGUGUAGGUCCUGUGUGUCCAGACUACACCGUGUGUCAAGAUGUGGAUGAAUGUGUGGAGAGUCCUACAGUGUGUGAUGGUCAGGGUGUGUGUGACAACACGCUUGGGAGCUACAAGUGUGUUUGUCGGCCAGGUUACCAGGGAAACGGCACACACUGUGAAGAUGAGAAUGAAUGUGUGUCAGGUCAUCACGGCUGCGACACCAACGCCCGCUGUGGCAACAUUAUUGGUUCGUACUUCUGCCAGUGCUAUCAAGGCUUUAAUGGAGAUGGACACUCCUGUUUUGACAUUGAUGAGUGCGCGGUGAACAAUGGCCUCUGUGAACAUAACUGCACUAAUGAGCCAGGAGGAUACAGCUGCUGGUGUGCCUCGGGCUACCAGCUGGACCAGGAUGGACAUAACUGCACAGAUGUGGACGAGUGUUUGGCCCAGAACGGGACCUGUGAGCAUGUUUGCAUCAACACCCAGGGAUCGUUCCAGUGCUCCUGCAGGCCUGGAUACCAGCUGCACAUAGACGGACACACCUGCGUGGACAUUGAUGAAUGUAAACUCCAGAAAGGUGGCUGCUCCCACACCUGCACCAACACUCCAGGAGGACACAUUUGUCACUGCCCACCUCCUCUUCUUCUCGACAGAGACAACCUCACCUGCAGCAACGUAACAUCGUGUGCGUUCAGAAAUGGCGGUUGUGAGCACAUAUGCAGUACGAGGGCUGACGGACAUGUCCAGUGUAUUUGUCGAACAGGAUGGAAACUUGGCGAGGACCUGAGGAGCUGCGACGAUAUGAACGAGUGCGGGGACUUUACAAAUGGCGGUUGUGAGCAACUGUGUGAAAACCAUCCUGGUGGGUUUAACUGCACAUGCAGGAAGGGGUAUGAAGUUCGAACUGAUGACCUUACAAAGUGCAAGCCUGUGUGUGACCCUCCCUGUCAGAACUACGGAGUGUGUGUGGCCCCAAAUACUUGUGACUGUCCCCCAGGCUACCCUGGACCCGGCUGCUCAGCCAUGUGCUCACCGCCUUGUGCUCAUGGAGGUUCCUGUAUGAGAUGGAAUGAGUGUUUGUGUCCCCGUGGUUGGACCGGGACAGGCUGCCACACAGCAAUGUGUGAGUUGCCCUGUGCUAAUGGCGGUCGCUGUGUGGGGCCCAGUACAUGCCAGUGUCCCUCAGACUACACCGGCCCCCAGUGCCUCUUGCCCCUGUGUACGCCUGCUUGUCAGAAUGGGGGCAGAUGUGUGGAUGUCAACAAAUGCACAUGUGUUGGUGGAUGGCAAGGAGCACGCUGUCAGAUAGAGCCUGUUCAGUGUCAGACGCCUUGUAAGAACGGGGGAGUAUGUGUGGGCUUCAACAGGUGCCGCUGUGCCAAAGGAUUUACAGGGGGUUUCUGUGAAACAGCGGUGACCACCCCCUGCGUACCCCCCUGUCAACACGGAGCCACUUGCAGCCCUCACAACACCUGUACCUGUCCAGAGGGCACUGCAGGCCUGCGCUGUGAACGACUGACAUGCCCUGUGGUCACCACAGUGGUAAGUAUGGCUCGAGCAGUAAGAAAGGCGUUCAGGGAGAGUUAUGUUGACCGCUGUGGACCCCUGGGAGUACAGCUUUGUACAAAAUACAGAAUGAACCAGGCUCGUGUGUACCUGCAGGCCUACAGAGUAGGAUAUAAAAUCCAAUGUCCAGAGAGGAGGAGCAGAUGAACUGCAUUGUGUACAUCCCUUGUCAUGAGAAAACAUUGGUGAACAUCAUCACUCUAUAAGAAGUACUUGAGAUGAUCUGUGAACUAUAGAAUCCAAUGCAAAAACUGAAAUAUUAUUUGUACUGAAUAGUACAACUACGCAGUCAAAUGUGCUGUGAUUAAUAAGUUGGGUUUUUUUGUUCUGUAAAAAUGUGCUCCAGUUGUCUUUGUAACACAAGCACACAUUGCCUGCACAUGAGAUAUCUCAUAAUUUGUAAUGUUUGUAUAUGGCAGCCAAGUUAUUAAAUACUAUUUUUCAAAAUCUUAUUACAAAGCAGUGUUUAAUAUUGGGAACAGUUCUGAUCUGACAGGUUUUUCAUUUUUGUUAUAUAACACUGGACAACUCUCCUAUAGUCACGAGCUGUGGGUAGUGACCGAAAGGACAAGAUGAGAUUGUGGAUAUAUGUGGUAGAAAUGAGUUUUCUCCACAGGGUGGAUGGGUUCUCACUUAGAGAUAGGGUGAGGAGGUCAGCCAUCUGGGAGGGGCUCAGAGUAGAACCACUGCUUCAACACAUCGAGAGAGGCCAGCUGAGGUGGAUGGGCAUCUGGUCAGGAU